GAAACACAUACAUUUGCCGCCCAAUGAUUUUGGGAGACAAACGAAAAGCAUUUUGGGUAACUUUGAAAGAUGGCGGACGACGCUGAGCAGCAACAAACUACCAACACUGUAGAAGAGCCUUUGGAUCUGAUCCGGUUGAGUCUGGACGAGAGAAUCUAUGUGAAGAUGAGGAACGACAGAGAGCUGCGCGGCAGACUGCACGCCUAUGACCAGCACUUAAACAUGAUCCUCGGCGAUGUUGAAGAGACCGUGACGACUGUGGAGAUCGAUGAGGAGACGUACGAGGAGAUUUAUAAGUCAACGAAGCGGAACAUCCCCAUGCUGUUUGUCCGAGGCGAUGGAGUCGUGUUAGUGGCGCCGCCGCUGAGGGUCGGAUAAAUCACUUCCCAGCAGAAUUAAGUUUUGGACUCUAAAUUCUUCAAGUGUGUAGACUAUUAAGUGGAUGACGUUUUCGUUUGGAACCGCAGAGUUGUAAAUCUGUUUAUUUUUCAAGUCGACCUUUCGUUUUAUGUUUGGAAAACCCGUAUUGGCAAUUCAUUUGCGCCAUGUAUGUUUUUUGACUGUCAUUAAAGUUCUUGGAAGUUUGA